AUGACUGGAAACUACGAACGCAAGAGGCAGGGCAGGGCUAUAAAUGAUAUACAAAAUCCGAGAGAUGGCGCGAGUAAAAUCCGCUCGCCAAUCGUUCUGAGAUACCGGGAUCUGUCGAGCAGAACACAACAUACGGAACCAGAACCUCCAACCCCUGCCAGCCGUACAAUCCCACUAGAAGACUUUGAUGAAAGAUUUAGUAACUUCGACAUCGGCAGCGAGGAGUCGGACCUAGUUCCGCAGUCAUUCUCGAGCGAAGUAUACAUAGGCCCUCGCUCCCCAAUGUCUGCAGGGAACAGCGACCAAUUCCCUCCAGCGGAUGAUGAACAAACCGUUACUACUGCCCUUCUAUUGCUUAUCAAGGCAGUGUGCCUGAGCAAUCCCACUCUAAACAUGGCAUGGACCAUGGAGCGAAAGGCGUUCAUCUUUAAUCCCCGGGACAACGGAGAAAAAAUUUACGAAGCAAGGACAGAUGGCCAUCUUCACUUCAAUAAUGAGUUUGGUGAAAAGUCCCUAGCGAUUUUAGAGGUCAAGGCCGUGGGAAAGAAAUAG